CCUGGUCCUCCAUACUGUGCAGCCAUAAGAGGGAGCUCUGAUUCAAAAGCUGACCCGGAAGGACAGACGGGCUCCUGGGCUCUGGUCUCAAUAGACGAUCUUCGGUAGACGAUCUUCGGUAGACGAUCUUCGGCCAUGAUGUUUCACUCGGACUUGUCAGCUAGCUAGCUAAUGAGUAGCUAGUCUCUCGCCAGAGCAACGAGACAACAUGUUAGGAACAUUACAGGGAACCAAUGGUGAAAGUUGUUGGUUUAUUGCCUGUACGCUAACUCCAAGGACACCACCUUCUCCUCUACGACCUGGCACUUUGGUGUGAGGCGAAGUAUGCAGUCUAAAGUUCACUUCCCCCCCCCGGAGUUGUUCAGAAGACGGAGGGGAAACUGCUUCUAGCUCAGUCGGCAUCAGCAAUGUUCUCGAGACUUAUUGACUUGUCCUCGGUCUUAUAUCAAACUCUGAGUGUCACUGUUAGUUAGAGUGGGAACCACUUUGUCUCAGAAGAAAAACCUUACGUGCCUGCCUGUCUGAGCCUCAUGUGAAGGCUUAACCCUUAACCCUGCAUCGCUACCAAGACCUAACGUUGUCCUGCUGUCACUGCAUCUGUGGGGGCAGUUAUGUUUACUGCUGGUCAGGAUUUUUCAAGAACUUGUAGUCCAUCUACAGUGACCAACAGACAGUUUACUCCAUUCCACUGGAGCUGACAUCUCAAAAGUCAUUCCUGCAGAAUCAAAUACUCCUUAAGUGGGGAGGUUCCAGGAGGAACAGGAAGAGAACCUUUCCUCCCUCUCAGGCUUAGGUCUUGUCUCGACUGUUAUUCCUAUCCUGCCUAUCAAUCUCCACCUGAGACCUCUGUCGCCGAACGUGGCUCUUCAGAAAAAAACACACAUUUGUCGAGCGGUGCAAUGCCCACCAACCAGUCUUCCCCCUGGGAUGGGGCGAAGCUUCGGACUUGCUCCAGUGCAGAUAGUCUCACCACUACAGCCUCUUUCAAUACACGUGCCAAGACAGUGGUGGCCACUAAAGUGCCUUUUAGUCGUACUUCACUACAGCUAUCCAGGAGAAGGGAUCCAGCCAAACUUUUCUCCUCCAAUGUUGCCUCAUCUGCUUCCCCCUUGAGGCAGACAACAGUGGCCCCAUCUGUGGUUUCUGUCGAGGAGAAGGGGGACGGAAUAAACAAAGAGACCCAGAGCCAAUUCACCGCUGUGCCAGAUGGGUCUCCAAACCUUCCAAAACAACUUAAUGGGAUUCAAAACCCAUACCAGGUACUGUCAACAGGACGGAAGCAGGCUGGUAGCAGCCUCACAGAGACCAGUGUCCCUUCCUCCAUCCCCAACAAGGAAUGCCCGAUUGGGUUUGAUGUCCAGCUGACGGGUAACAUGCAGAAGUCUGUGUCCCUCCAACCGUCGCAACCUGCGAACAGUUCAGCAACGAGCCGACGUCAAGCUGCAACGGGUGAUGCACCGCAUGGAUUGGCGCCACUUUCAUUAGUUUGUCAUCAAGACCUGUUCAUCAAAGGACAGCCCACUCUGCAGCAAACUAACAAGCUGAUGCCUGAAGCUGCAAACUCUUCCUCCUUGCCGUCAGUGCCUCCUCCAUGCCUUACUCUCUGUGAACAUCAGGGGGCAGCACUGGGAAAGGAUGCUUCCAGCACUGCCAGCACAAAAGUAGAAAUAAGAAGAGAAACGACUUCAAGGAGGAGCCAUUCUGCUAGAACAACAGAAAGCAGUCAGACACAAAACGGCUGCACAACAAUAACUGCUUUAGACAAUCAGUUAAUUGUAAGAGGUGCAAACUGCAAGCCCCAAACAACAGCAUUGUUAGACCUAAAGCAGGCCCCAGAAAGUGCACGUCCACCUGAAAGCACUUUGUCCCCACGCAGAAGACUCAGUCCUCCAACAGCCAAUCCCUUUCUCAUUGGCCCCAUGCCAACUGUGCUCAGAGCCAGUGUCAGUGCCACUCAGGAUAAUCAGCCCACACUGCUGGAUGCCUUCACAGCCGUGGCCUCGAGUUCUGCAGGAGUCCUGGUGGGCUCCGUGACCUCUCAGAUCUCCGCCAUCCACCUGACCAGGCAGGGACAGCCUGGCUCCACGUCCUCUUCAUCUUCAUUCGCUUCCUCACCCUCGCCGACAGACAAUGGUCUGGUUGGAGAGACUUUCCUGUCUGGCCAGGAUUGUGUUAUGCAGGUGGAUGGAGCUGAGGAGGAGCUGCCUGAUGAGCUGGAAAAUGCCUGUAGUGAUGAUGAUGAUUCAAACUGUUCGUCCAUCACUGGCACCUCAUCGACCACAUCGAUCGCUCUCCUUUCUGGUGUUGAGGAGCCGAUGUCAUUGGGGGGGGAAGAUGAUCGAGAGGAGAAACCAGCUUUGGUUCCCAGUUUGUUCCCCCUCAUCCCCCCAACCCUCUACUUCAGCACCGCCAAUGAGAAAGUGGAACUGCUGCCAGCCGAACAAAGACGUCUGUUAAAAUGGAAGAUAAGCACCGUCACUCCAAAUAUUGUCAAGCACACAAUCGGCAGAUCACACUUCAAAGUCACCAAAAAAAGCCAUGACUGGUUGGGCUGCUGGGGACACCACAUGAAGUCUCCUGCCUUCAAAGCCCUCGAAGAGCACCAGAAAUUGAACCACUUCCCGGGAACAUUUCAGAUUGGCAGAAAGGACCGGCUGUGGAGAAACUUGUCCAAGAUGCAGGUUCGCUUUGGCAAGCAGGAGUUCAGCUUUUUCCCCCGCACCUUUGUCCUUCCUCAGGACAUCAAGCUGCUACGCAAGGCCUGGGAGGACGGUGGCUCCCGGCAGAAAUGGAUCAUCAAACCUCCUGCGUCAGCCAGAGGAAUAGGUAUCCAGGUCAUCCACAAAUGGAGCCAGAUGCCUCGCAAGAGACCGCUACUGGUCCAGAAGUACCUACACAAGCCCUACCUCAUCAGUGGGAACAAGUUUGACCUGCGAAUCUACGUCUAUGUGACCACCUACGACCCGCUCAGAAUUUACAUCUUCUCUGACGGACUGGUUAGAUUCGCCAGCUGCAAGUAUUCAUCUUCCAUGAAAACUCUGGGUAACAAGUUCAUGCAUCUGACCAACUACAGCGUCAACAAGAAGAACUCUGAAUACCAGUCCAACAGCGAUGACAAGGCCUGCCAGGGACACAAAUGGGCUUUGAAGGCCUUGUGGCAGUAUCUUGGUUCUAGGGGAGUCAACACCACUCUGAUCUGGGAGAAGAUUAAAGACAUUGUGAUCAAAACCGUCAUUGCGUCAGAACCGUACGUUAACAGUCUGCUGAAGAUGCACGUCCGGACGCCUUACAGCUGCCACGAGCUGUUUGGCUUUGACAUCAUGCUGGAUGAGAAGCUGAAACCCUGGAUCUUGGAGGUCAACAUAUCACCAAGCCUCCAUUCCAACACUGCGCUGGAUGUUUCAGUUAAGGGUCAGAUGAUCGCAGACCUCCUGAACCUGGCUGGCUUCCGUAUUCCCCAAAGAGAAGACGUGGUUGCCUCCUGCAGUAGCACCUCCAGCUCCACCAGCAGUCUGUGUGGCGGAAACAGGGAGAGGACCAAGCCAGAUCUUUCUUCUGAUGAGAAGGUCAAACGGGCAUUUUACCUCACACAACGCUACGCUGACCAGGACUUCCUCUCUACGGUGUUGGAUGUCUUGACUCCAGAAGACGUCCGCGUGCUAGCAGAGAGUGAAGACGAGCUGACUCGUCUUGGACAGUUUGAGCGGAUUUUCCCAUCGCCGUCAUCUUCCCGCUACCUUCGCUUCUUCGAGUGUCCGAGAUACCUCAACAUCCUGCUGGACCAGUGGGAGCAGAAGUACCGGACCAACAGGACAAAAGGAAUCAGUCUGCUGACAACUCUCUGUGAGAAAGGAAUCCAUCUGGGAACCAAUGACCCUGUUCACAUGUGGUCAAAGUGUAGCUACAUAUCUAGGUUUGAACCCCACAGACAUGACCUCGUUGGCCCAUCCAGAUCCAGAGUGGUGGUCACCCAACAGCACCACUCCCAUCCCGAUGAUGAUGCUGGUUCAGACGGGGAGGCUGCAUCGGUCUCCAGCCUGCCCUAUUCGCCAAGUCCUGGAUCCAGUGUGAGCAGCAGUGCCUGUGCAAGCCCUCAGCCCAGCCUCACCCAAAGCCUGCUGGCCCAUCAGUUUGCUGCGCUCUGAGACUCGGUUUGCCAACACGGGGUUCAGAUACCUAGAACAAACAGCUCAGGGUCUAGGACUUAGGCCUCAGCUCUUCUCAAACACUCUUCUUUUGAUCUGUCAUCUGUAGUAGCUCUGAAACGCAGCGUGAGAAAUGUACUUAGAACUAUAAGCUUGAAGCCCAGUCUUACCAAACCCUGUAGAAAGGAGUGGAUUCUGGUCUUAAACAGAGUUGUUAUUGGCUAUCAGAAGCAAGUACUACAGUUACUAUUUAUAUUAAUGGGAUUUUGUGCAGAAAAUGGAGGAACGGUUUGAAUGUUUGGAAUUUCAGUGCUAAAAUCAAACGACUCUUUUAGACUUGAGGUAAACUUUCAUUACUUGAUUAGACUAAGAAAAAUUAAAACACUUCAAGGGCUUUACAAAUGUUUAUGUUUUUCCUCAUUUACUACUAAUAGUAAUAUGCCAACUUUAGUUCAAAUGUAUUCCGAGAAGCCAAUAAAUUUAAUAAAUUUCUGUGCAGUAUUAAAAUCAUCCUGCGGAAACUUGAAAUAAUGCUGGAGAUACACAAUCCUACCCAGUGAGCGUCAUAUCUGCUUAAUUUGUCAGAAUUUACAUUGUUAACAGCAAAUGGCAAGGAUGAAAGGCUAUUUGACAACAAUAGAGAUAGACAUGUGUGACAGACUGAUGUAUUUUAGCCCUACAUCAGAGUGAACAUGCUCAUUAAUGUCAUUUAAUAAUCAAUAUUGGUACUGUAUGAAAAGACCACUGCAUUGUGUUUUGUUGUAACAACAAAACACUGCUGUCAAGCAAAAGACAACCAAGUAUGAUCUAGCUACAGGCGGAUAGAGACUUUAAAACAAAGACUGCGUGAUUGUUCUGGCAGAGAAACAAAUGUCAGUUGAUGUGACAACAUUUCAGUGUUUUCUCAAAGGCUCAUAUCAUUUAUCUACUGCGCGGUGUUCGGCAUCAGACAGAUAUUAGUCUCGCAUUGCAACACCUCCUUCAUAGUGCUGCGGAUGAGGGUCUGGCUAGUCCACGCAGCAUUCCAGAGUGGGAGGAAAAUGUGCUCUUUUUUUUCUUUUUUUCACAUUUCUUUAAACUAAUCGCAAUCGUCGUGGGCGGUGCUAAGCGCCGAGCAGAGCAGCGGUGCCUCGGCUAAAUAGCCUUAUAGGAAACAGGAACUUGUUUUGGUGGAACAUGUGCACGUUCAAAGGUUGUUAGUCGUGCAACAGAAAACUCAGAUUGGACAGAUAGUCUAGCUAGCUGUCUGAAUUUACCCUGCAGAGAUCUGAGGACCAGGUAACCAUAGUCCUCAGAUUGGACAGAUAGUCUAGCUAGCUGUCUGGAUUUACCCUGCAGAGAUCUGAGGAGGCCGUUAAUUUCCGUCAGAGCGAGAGCAAUCCCGGAAGUGAAACGUUGUGGAUAUAGACUAUUGGUAGAUAGGUAUUAAAACUCCGAUGCAAUACUCAAACUAGCCGGUGAACCAUAUUCUCAGCACAUUACUUCACCAUCCCCAACGAACACAGAACUUUGUUGUAACAACCGACUAUGUCUGCUAAGAACAAGACCCUCGGAUCCCAUCUGCCUACAAUCGUCGGCCCUAUCUGGCCUUUAGUACUAGACUUAAACUGUGAAUAAGACACACGGCUUCCUCACGACCACCACAGUGCAAUGUUAGAAUUGUUGGUUUGUGUGUUUUAUGCUCUUACAUUUGCAAGAAUAAAACUGCAAAGCCACUACCUUACAGAACCCAGUGGCCCAAAGCUGUGCUAUAACCCAAUACUGUGAUUUCUCUAUUGUUUUAAAUCUUAUUAUACUAUUGUUGGUUUGACGUUAAGAGGACUGUUGAUGCAUAGGUGUCGCAUUCCUAGCUUUAUGGACUUUAGUGUGGAAAUAGAGAGGUGAAUUAACAGGGCUCUCAGUGGAUAAAUGAAGGGAGGGAUGGGGAGUUGGAGAAGAGAGCAGCACUGUAGAGCUCACCAGACUUUGUAUGGAUGGUGCUUUGAGAACUCUGCAGCUUAUUUCAUACAUCUUUAAAGUGUCAGUACUUGGUUUUAUUUUCACCGGUUUAUGGUGUUGCUGGUGUGUUUCACAAAACCUCAUUUUGAUUAAGGAUGAUUUACAGUAUGUUUGCGAUACUUGACUAUGAAACUUUGAUUACUUGGUCUUACGUGCACAAUAAUGGGCACACAGAAAAAAGAAUUACCAACAGAAUUUGUACUUGUUUUUGACUUGGAGCACUUUAACUCUGUCAUAUUUAACUCAUUUCAUAGCUAAUUUGACUUUUAAGAAGGGCUUUGGUUUUCUGUGUGAUUACUUGUAGAAAAAUGAUAGCAUAUAGAAUUGUAUAGUAUAUUUCUCAAAAGCUGCCAAAUCCAAGUCCAGCGCCAGAAUCUAAACCUGCAGAACCCGACACUGUAUGUUCAUUAACACAAGCUCUAGAAAGUAUCAUAGUAACACUGUGAGUUAAGUGUUAAUUAACUCAGUGUUUGCUGCUUGAGGGGAAACUGCUUAAGAUUUCUUAUUGUAUCCUCAGGAAGAAUCUUAUUUUAAAAAUGUGAGGACACUUUCAGAAAAAAAAAAAAAUACUUGAAGUUGCAAAUGUUCGAGCACCCUUUCUCUUAAAACAUCUAUUUUAACAAA